AUGCAUCCUCACCUGCACACCAAGAACGCACUAGCAUGCGAAGAAAUCAUCGCCGCUCUCGAGCAAUGUCACGCCCAGGGAUUCAUGCACAAGGCAGUGGGCGGCUGCAACGACGUCAAGGACAAGGUCAACCAGUGUUUGCGUGAGGAGCGUUCCAAGAUGCAGGCCGAGAACAGGGCCGCCGCAAAGGCCAAGCGCGACCGCCUCAAGGAGGAGCAGAAAGCGCUUGGUCUGUAA